CUUUGUAUAUAGAUCCUUGCCUGUACAUACAGAGAUUUGCACACAAAUUAGAGUUUGAGGAUAAGACCCACGAUGUCUCUAUGAUAGCUCUACGACUUGUCCAGCGGAUGAAAAGAGACUGGAUGCAUACAGGUCGCCGACCUUCGGGACUUUGUGGUGCAGCUUUACUAGUGGCAGCAAGAAUGUCCAACUUUAACAGAAGUGUCAAAGAUAUCAUUAAGGUUGUGAAAGUGUGUGACACAACAAUCAGGAAAAGACUUGCCGAGUUCCAAGACACCCCCUCUAGUCAGUUAACUAUUGAAGAGUUCCAGAACAUCGACCUGGAAGCUGAACAUGAUCCCCCAUCCUUCACAGAAGGCAAGAAGCGAGCACAACAAGCUAAACUCAAUGCACAGCUGGAAGAAAAGAACAAGUUGAAUGAACUGACAUUUGAAGUAUCCGAAAUUCAGGAAGAGAUUGAAAAGUCCUUACAACCACCAAAACCAAGGGGAAUCUGGGCAGCUUAUGCAAAGCCAAGCACUCCAUCUCCAUCCACAUCGGGGACUGAUGAAAUAGCCAAAGUGCAAAAAUUUUUAGAGAAAGAAACUUUAGCAGGAUGUGUAGAUGAACAAUCUUUGUCUUAUGUUGGGGAAUCUAGUACCAAGAAUCCUGAGAUUGAUGCAGCUGCCUCAAGCUCAUCAUCAGCAUCUUGUACCACUGGACCCACAGGCAAAGAUUUGGGUAUAACUGAAGUUGAAGUUGUCAAGGAGUGUUUAACCGAUGAUGACACACCAGCUGAUGGUUAGUAAACAGAGACAUCU